CAAAAUCCUCCAAACAGAAACAGAAACAGAAGAAAUUGGCAAUGGAGUUUCAGAGCGAAAAGGGGAUGAGAUCGAAAGUGAAAACGAGAACCGAGAAGGUGUCACUGGAGAAUUACAUCGAUUUCGUUCUCUCUAACAAGCAAAUCGAUCUCACCGUCAACUUCCUCAACCAAAUUAUCAACAUGCACGGGUUCAAGAAAAUCCACAAGGUUCAAAAGAAAGUGCUGACGGACGCGGUGAACACUCUGGAUCUGGUGGAUCCGUCGCGAUCAACACUAAACGACAACGUUUCGUGCUUCGCGUUCGUGACGCUGGAGGACGUAAUCUUGGACCUCUGCGACCUCAAUUGGCAAGAGUGCUGCGUCACCUCCAUCCAAACCCUCGACUCCUGGAAACACUGCGGCGUCGUCUCGGGUGGUGCGCCCGACCCGAUUAAGCCCAAGGCUUCGGAUCCCAUAGGAGUCGCUGACGUGUUCGGCGGAGAUGGAUCCACGUCUUCGUGCGUGGUCGGGUCGGAGUACUCGGGGUUGGAGCGAAGGUCCGGGGUUGGGAAGCUGGUGCCUAAGAGGAAGAGAUCGAAUUCGACGAGAGGAGGAGUCGGUGGCCGCCCUUCGGGUUGCGCUUCUGUCGGAUCUUUCGGGUCCUGCUGAAUGGAUCGAGUCGGGUUUUUUCCUGCGUUUUGGCGGGAGGUAUGUGGUGCGGUGCGUACUGUGUAGUGUGUAGCGGUAGAUCUGUGGUUUGUUGAAGAGAUAGGGGUAUUUUUGUCUCUCAAGAAUUCUCACCUUCGGUUAAGGACUUGCGUACUAGUUGGGAA